AUGGCAACAUGUGUAAAACUGGACUUAGUAGCUAAUGUGAUAGAGCACAUCCACAGACAGGGAGAGCCAGGUGCAGUUCUGUGUUUCCUACCAGGUUGGCAGGACAUUAAGGCUGUCCAGAAGAGACUAGAGGAGAAGCCAACCUUCCAGUCUGGCUCUCAAAUGAUCCUACCAUUACACUCAAGUAUGUCGGUGGGUGACCAGCAGACCGUGUUCCAGCGCCCUCCUGAGGGCCGGAGGAAGAUCGUCCUGGCCACCAACAUCGCUGAGACCUCUAUCACCAUCGACGACAUUGUUCACGUAGUAAACGCGGGAUCUCAGAAGGAGCAGAACUACGACACACGGACCAAGGUGUCAUGUCUAGACACAGUCUGGAUCUCGCGCUCCAACGUCACUCAGCGUAGAGGGAGGGCGGGGCGAUGCCAGCCCGGACAUGCCUACCACCUGUUCCCACGGCAACGCCUGGAAUCAAUGACGACCUUCCCUGUGCCUGAGAUCCUACGCACCCCUCUGGAGAGCCUGGUGGUACAGGCCAAGAUCCACAGCCCCCACUGCAAGGCAGUGGAUUUCUUAUCGCAGGUGUUGGACAGCCCAGAGCGAGAGGCUGUGACUGAUGCUGUUCGCAACCUGCAAGAGAUUGGUGUUCUGGACAAGACAGAGGCCCUGACUCCCCUGGGGGAGAGAGUAGCCUGUCUGUCCUGUGACCCGCGCCUGGGGAAGGUGCUGGUGCUUGCUGCUCUGUUCCGCUGUGUCCUGCCCCUGCUGUCAGUCACAGCCUGUCUCACCAGAGACCCUUUCCACAACAGCAUGCAGAACAGAGCCCUGGUCUCUAAGGCUAAGGAAGACCUGGGAGGUUCAAGCUACAGUGAUUACCUGGUGUUCAGUCGAGCCGUGUUGGGCUGGAGGAGUGUUCAGCAAGAGAGGGACAGAGAGACCAGACAGGACUACUUGAACAGAUACACACUGUCUGGAGCCGGCCUGCGCUUCAUCAAUGGUCUGACUUCCCAGUUCAGUGAGAACCUCCUUGAGGCUGGGCUGGUGGAGCGUUCAGCUGACUGCCAGAGAUCCUCCUCCCUCUACAACCAACACAGCCACCAGGACGAGCUGGUCAAGGCUGUGCUGCUGGCCGGACUCUACCCCAACCUCAUACAGGUGAAAAGGGGAGCAGUGACCAAAGGUCGCUUCCGCCCCAACAGCCUGUCCUUCCGUACGCAGAGUGGCCCAGUGCUCAUACACCGCUCCUCCGUCAACAGGGGAGAGGAGCAGUUCCCCAGUCGCUGGCUGACCUUCUUCAGUGCAAUCAAGUCCAACGGUAACGUCUUCAUCAGAGACUCCUCAGCAGCCCACCCCCUCGCCCUACUGCUGCUCACCGACUGUGACAUCACUGAGAGAGUGAAUGGUGACCGUGUGGAGGUGGCGUUCCCGGGGCGGUCGCUGGUACGCUGUGAGCUGUCUGUCCAGACAUGGGAGCUGCUGUGGGAGCUACGCUCCUCCAUCCAGACCAUGCUGUACCGCAACCUCCGCCCACACAGCUCAGCCAAUUACAUCACACAGGAUGGCAAGCUCAUCUCGCUAUUGGUGGAGCUGCUGAACAAUACUGAGUCCAAUACAGACCCCCAGCCAAACGGUGGCCACAGUGACUCUGAGGUAGACUGAUUCACUCGCAUUGGAAUAAAGGAAUGUCAAAGCACUGUGGAUGGAGUACUGCUUUGUGACCUGAAAAACCUCUGGCCGUAGCAAGAGUCCAUAGAUUUUUCUGGUCAGGAAAAAAGUACCAAAGCAAAAUGCUCGGGGCACGGUCUGCUGACAAAUCUGAGAAGACAUGUAAUAUCGGUUAACUGUACAAUAUUAUCCAUAGUUCACUACCCAUUCUAAAUGUCCUCUAUCUCCUCACCUGAGAUAUACAGAGAAAAUGUUUGAAAAUAUAGAUGAAUGUGAACACUGAGUUUAUAAUGGAGUUCGGGAAAAUACAUCAUGCCCUGAAGGUUUGACUCUUAAACUAUAUUUCAAGAGCCCCAUUUAAAUAGGAGUGAACUCAUGGUACUGUAAAUACUACUGUGAUUGCUCUCUAUAUGGGAGGAAAUCCAUUUGUUUGACUAGAUUAUGGACUCAAGUAUUUGUUUUUUGAAAAGCAGAAGUUGAAUGAAUCUGACUGUUAAUGAGUGUCUAGUGACCUGUGCACUACAGCGAGACGGUGUCAAGAUGACAAAAUAAUGAUUACAUGAAUGUAUUGUUAACCAUUAUUUUUUUAUUUAAAUAUGGUCUGUUGAAAGAAAGAUGUUAAACAAUGUUACUGGUUGCAAUUUUCCUCUCUGUACUGUGAUUGUGUCUGAAGUUAAAUGUAUUAUUCAUCUUUGGGCUGUAAGGUGAAGCCAGUUUUCAGGAGAACUCCUUGAGGAAGUGCAGGUGGAAGUUCUUCAGGCGUUUCAGUACCUCUUCCAUGGUCUCCACUGGGGUCAUGACACACAGUCUACAGAGAGAGAUGAGAACAAAUCAGUGGGGAAGUAUAACCAUUUAAAUAGAAUGAUGAGGCUAAUGCUAUGCUUCCCUGUUCAUUUGCAUAGGAUGAGUAGUGGAUAUGGAGCCAUUGACUACUGGAGUGUUUUAUGGUGACAUUUCUAUGUCCAGAAGCUGUUGACAGAGAGAGGAUUGUACCUGAUGUGGUGGGUGCCUUCCUUCUGUCCAUACUCACACCCCGGUCCCACACACACUCCUGCCUCCUCUAGUAACCGUUUACAGUACCACAGGUCAGGCUGCAUCCCCACCACCUGCAAUGGAAAACAGAAAACUCACAUAUAUAAGAGAUCAAAUCAUUAACUCCAGACUAUUUAGAAUUAAUCAGAUGUUGAAUCACAUGUUUUGUCUCUUGAAAUGCCCAUAUGACAAACAGCAGUAGUCAUGCUAGUGCUCUACCUGACCAUACAGUGUACUAUUUGCCCCAUGACUAACCUUGGCCUUCUCAAUGGCUGCUUGGGGUAGAUACAGCCGGGGGAAUACGAAAGCUCCUCCCAUCAUCGGCUGACAGCUGAUUCCUGGGAUAUUGUUCAGAAACUCUGGGACCCAGCUCAUGUUAUGGACCAGCAUGGCCCGGAUAGACUGGGUCUCCUGGCGGAGAUGGAAGAGAAGACUGAAAAGAAGGACACUGGGAGAGCAUAUUGUAUGGGACACUGAGGUGCAGUUGUGAAUAGGGGAAGGAAUACAUUUGUUUGAUUUUGAUGAACUAUUUCUUAUUUUAGAGACAUCAAUGAUUGCAGAGCACUAUCAUUAAACUACUUAUGACUAAAUGCUA